AGACCGAUUUUGCGAUAACUCGUUUUAAUGCAACAAAUGUCAAUGACAAAAUACCAAAACUAAUCUAGCCUAUGCUUUUCACCUUAAGUAGGACUACAAUCUAAAACAAAAUAUAUUCCUCUUUUUCAAGAAAAUAGAUGAUUCCAGGCUGUUAUAGGCCUGUCCGUGUUGCACAUCGAAAGUCUCAUACGCAUUUGCAGAAGUCCACCGACGUUUCAUAACUUGGACGCCUCAAUCAGUCCAGUGAGCUCUUUAGCUUAUAUCAGCCGAUCCACAUAGGCUAGGCUACUAGACAACACAGCACAACGUAUCUGCACAAGCGGGACACAGAUUUGACGAACUGCGUUGUCGAACGCACACUGUCUUCGACGAGUGAAAAUGAACCAAAAUCAAUCGCUGGCGGAGAAACAGCCGAAGAUUAGAGCCUAAACAACCUUCACUCUUCGCAACCGCUCAAUUCAGCUCAAAACUCCGAACAGUUUCUGACAAAUGUCCAAUUUCGACCAAGGCAUUAAUAGUUUCCACAAAUUUAAAACGGAAACACUGCACGUGGAAGCAAAUGUUUUUUUUCCCACAGCAUUUGCUAAUCUGUUUGGUUCUCGCCUACCAACAGGGUCACAAAAUUCUUUCCCACAAUCCCACAACGACGCACAUGUUUACUUCCUACAGACGAUGGUUCGGACAUCAAGCAUGUAUAUUGACAUCUGAAAAGACCACUGCAGAGGUUCCUGUUUCAUAUAUCUGUCCAACCAGGGAAAAGCUGUGCUGGAAGGUUCGUCCUUUAGGAGCAGCAUGUUAGAAAGCGCCCUUUAUUGACGUCACUGGAUUGUCACAGAGAAGACAGCUGUAGAAGUGAAUAUGAAACUUGAUUAGUUAGCAAGCCACAUUCUAUCUUUAAAAAUCAGAUUCUUGGGGAAUACCAGCGUUUCCGAUUGUAGUAAAAUGGAACAAUCAGCACCAAAAAGCAAGUUGAAAAAGCUGAGCGAAGACAGCUUGACGAAACAGCCGGAAGAAGUUUUCGAUGUUCUUGAGAAACUUGGUGAAGGGUCCUAUGGUAGUGUAUACAAAGCCAUACACAAGGAGUCUGGCCAGGUGGUGGCAAUCAAACAGGUGCCUGUGGAGUCGGACCUCCAAGAGAUCAUCAAGGAGAUAUCCAUCAUGCAACAGUGUGACAGUCCUUAUGUAGUCAAGUACUAUGGCAGUUACUUCAAGAACACAGACCUGUGGAUCGUGAUGGAAUACUGUGGAGCUGGCUCCGUCUCUGACAUCAUCAGACUGCGCAAUAAAACGCUCACUGAAGACGAGAUUGCAACGAUCCUCAAAUCGACCCUGAAGGGCCUGGAGUAUCUGCACUUUAUGAGGAAAAUCCACAGAGACAUAAAAGCUGGGAACAUCCUCCUCAACACAGAAGGUCAUGCGAAACUGGCAGAUUUCGGCGUGGCGGGACAGCUGACGGACACAAUGGCCAAGCGAAACACAGUGAUUGGCACGCCCUUCUGGAUGGCCCCGGAAGUGAUCCAGGAGAUCGGGUACAACUGCGUGGCAGACAUCUGGUCCCUGGGCAUCACCUCCAUAGAGAUGGCUGAGGGGAAGCCUCCCUAUGCUGACAUCCAUCCAAUGAGGGCGAUUUUCAUGAUUCCCACGAACCCCCCGCCGACCUUCCGGAAGCCCGAGCUGUGGACAGACGAGUUCACGGAUUUCGUGAAGAAGUGUCUGGUGAAGAAUCCAGAGCAGAGGGCCACGGCUACUCAGCUGUUACAGCAUGCCUUCAUCAAGAACGCCAAGCCGGUGUCCAUCCUGCGGGACCUGAUCACGGAGGCCAUGGAGAUCAAAGCCAAGCGGCACCAGGAGCAGCAGCGGGAGCUGGAGGAGGAGGACGAGAACUCGGAAGAGGAAGUGGAGGUGGACUCUCACACCAUGGUGAAGAGCGGGUCAGAGAGCGCGGGCACCAUGCGGGCAUCGGGCACCAUGAGCGACGGGGCGCAGACCAUGAUCGAGCACAGCAGCACCAUGCUGGAGUCCGACCUGGGCACCAUGGUCAUCAACAGCGACGAGGAGGAGGAGGACGGAACCAUGAAGAGAAACGCCACCUCCCAGCAGGCUCCGCGGCCAUCCUUCAUGGACUACUUUGACAAGCAGGACUCAAAGAGCAAGUCCCACGACAACUGCAACCAGAACAAGCAGGAGCCUUACCUCAUUGCCAAGAAUGUCUUUCCCGACAACUGGAAGGUUCCGCAGGAUGGGGACUUCGACUUUCUGAAGAACCUGAGCUUCGAGGAGCUGCAGAUGCGGCUUAGCGCCCUGGACCCCAUGAUGGAGCGCGAGAUCGAGGAGCUGAGGCAGCGCUACACCGCCAAGCGGCAGCCCAUCCUGGACGCCAUGGACGCCAAGAAGCGGCGGCAGCAGAACUUCUGAGGUGGGGGGAGGGGCUCUUUUCCCACCCCCGGGACUGCAGGCUGCCAGGGGCCCGGUCACAGGAAGAGGAGGGGCCUCUCUAUGAGACCACUCCCACCGACGCUGAGCACGUCAGCAUACUCGCCAGCUGAACCUGCCCCGCCCACCAAAAGCAGAGGUGCCCGUUGAUCCAUUCUCUUGGACCCUCCCCCUCCCUCCCUCCCUCCCCUUCCAUUCCAGAUUACAUUCACAACAUUCUGCCUUCCUGGAGGGCGUAACCCCACUACCUGGCCCCAGGUUAUGUAAGCAGUAGCAACGGGCCACAUCCACCAAUGGUGAGCUUGUUUUCACGACAGGUUCCUCUCCUUUCUCCCCUCCCUCAGAAGACUGCCUCCCAGACCACUCCCACUAAAGCAGCUGAACUUUGGGGGCAUUUCUUACGUCUGGCAUAAUUUAUCUGACACUGAUAGGCCCAGGCAUCCAACAUGGGGCGUGGCCAGAGCACAAUGUAUAGAGUGUUGGCCAAAUUUUAAAAAAACUUCUUCCUUUCCACCCCUACCCUGGCCACACCCACUCGAACAGUCCACCCCGGGACUUUCCUUACACCCUCCUCUGUAUUGUCUGCUGUCUGUCCGAAUUUGGAGAAAGUGAAAAGUAACUUAAAAAUACUUGGUUAUAAUGAUGCUAAUAUACUUAAAUAUUAUUUAAAAGAGGAAUAUAGAGUAUGAAGGGUUUUUGGGGAUCAUUUGCCCCGGCUGUUCUUCUUCCUAUUGUUAUUAUUUUAUAUAAUUUUAUCCUGCGUAAUCCUCACUGACUUUUAUUAGGUGUGCAAGUGUAGGGCUCCAGAAUGUUUGAAACCAAAGAAACUUAGAGAGGGACUCCUGUUGUUAUAGCAGUGAUAGAAGAAUCUGGGUGCCUUAAAAAGGUUUAAAGUCCAGGUGAUGUUGGCUUUAUACUCACAAUGUUUAAAGGGAUAGAACCCUUGUGUGUAGGAAACUACUAGGAUGUGUGGAAUGUUACAUUUUUAGGUCUGAGGGGUAUAAUUUAAUUUUUGACUCAUCAGUACGCUAUGGGGACCAAGCGGAACAUGAAAAACAGCAACCAAGGAUGUUUCAAACGCUAUUCCGGAAAUUCCAUAGAUGGUUGUUUAUAUGGGUUUAUAAAUAAACAUUUACAUUUGCAUAAA